AUGGCGGAUGGCUAUUUGACUAUGAGAAUGAACGUGGCACUAGGAGUAAUGGUGGUCGUGGCCGUCGCUGGCCUGGCGCACGGUGACGGCUAUGUCACACAGGCUCCUAGCUACUUCACUACUCAGGUAUAUGGACCCGUAUCGUCCGGCGCGUUGAGAGGAUCAGGAAACCGCGCGGCGUCGCUGAGCUUCAACAGAGCAGGAACAGCUUCCGGUACUGCCUACAGCCAGGAUCAGGCUACAGCCGACCAGACGGCAGCGAAGAACCGCGCUUACGAGUACAACUACAAGCUUGGAGGAUACGGCAGCCUAGGUGGAUACGGCAACACUGGUGGAUCCAGCAGGCUUGGAGGAUACGGCAACACUGGUGGAUCCAGCAGGCUUGGAGGAUACGGCAAACAACUGUGGAUCGCAGCAGGCUUGGAGAAUACGGCAGGCUAG